AUGACUUCAUUUUACUCAUCAUAUUGGAAUGCCUCUACAGAACAUUUAAACAAAUCCUGCCAUAAAGAGUUUGAUAAUCGAUCCCCCAGCAUCGUGGAUGCAGUCAUCCUCCCCUCCAUGAUAGGGAUUAUCUGUGUAACAGGGUUGCUUGGCAACAUCAUCAUUGUUUUCACUAUAAUAAGGUCCAGGAAGAAAACAAUCCCUGACAUUUAUAUCUGCAACCUGGCUCUGGCUGAUUUGGUUCAUAUCAUUGGAAUGCCCUUUCUUAUUCACCAGUGGGCCAGGGGAGGAAAGUGGGUGUUUGGGGGGACCCUCUGCACCAUCAUCACAUCCCUGGAUACCUGCAACCAGUUUGCCUGCAGCGCCAUCAUGACUGUAAUGAGUGUGGACAGGUACUUGGCCCUAGUCCAACCAUUUCGACUGACGAGCUGGAGAACGAGAUACAGGACCAUCCGCAUCAAUUUGGGCCUUUGGGCAGCUUCCUUUAUUCUGGCAUUGCCUGUCUGGGUCCAUUCAAAGGUCAUCAAAUUUAAAGAUGGCAUGGAGAGUUGUGCUUUUGAUCUAACAUCCCCUGAUGAUGUACUCUGGUAUACACUUUACUUGACAAUAACAACUUUCUUUUUCCCUUUACCCUUGAUUUUGGCCUGCUACAUUUUAAUUUUAUGCUAUUCUUGGGAGAUGUAUCAAGAGAAUAAGGAUGCCAGGUGUUUCAACCCCAGGAUUCCAAGGCAGAGAGUGCUAAAACUGACAAAAAUGGUGCUGGUGCUGGUGGCAGUCUUUGUCCUGAGCGCUACUCCCUAUCACGUGAUACAGCUGGUGAACUUGCAGGUGGAGCAGCCCACACUGGCCUUCUAUGUGGGCUAUUGUCUCUCCAUCUGUCUCAGCUAUGCCAACAGCAGUAUUAACCCUUUCCUCUACAUCUUACUGAGUGGAAAUUUCCAGAAACGUCUGCCUCAAGUACAAAGGAGGGUAACCAAAAAGAUCAACAAUAUGGAAAACACCCUGAAACACCUUAAGCUUUUUAGGAAAACUCAUGGAUCACCAAGGACUUGGACUAUGUUGUCUAUGGUAGUGAUAUAA